GUUGGCGGUGUCCUCAUGUCGCCCAAUCGGAAUCUUUUUGUUUCGCCCUCCCGGAAGUAGCUACAUUUCAACCAAAUUGCAACAUGGCGACACCCAUGCACAGAAUUAUUGCCCGUCGGCAAGCGGAGGCAAAUAAACAACAUGUUCGGUGUCAGAAGUGUUUGGAGUUUGGACACUGGACAUAUGAGUGUACUGGCAAACGAAAAUACCUUCACAGGCCAUCAAGGACAACAGAAAUGAAAAAUAAACUGAAAGAAAAUACAAAUAAACAGGUCAAUGCCACAGGACCAGGAAAGGAAAGCUCCAAUGAGAAAAAAACUAAGAAGAAAAGGUCAAAGGAUGCAAGUGGUGGUGGUAGCAGCAGCAGUGACUCUGACAGCUCUUCCAGUGACUCAUCGUCUGACAGUAGUGACUCCUCAAGCUCUUCGUCGGACGACAGUGACAGCAGUAGUGACAGUUCUGACAGCUCUAGCUCCUCUUCCUCUAGCAGUUCAAGCAGCUCGGCCUCUGAUUCUUCAGAAGGAAGUGAUUCAGAUCAAGGUCCUCCCAAGAAGAAAAAGAAGAAAUGAAAAAGAUUUAUAUGUAUUGUGUUCCACCAUGACAUUAACCUGAGCUCCACUCUGACCCUCUAGCUGUUCAGGAGUUGUCUUACGAAGCAUACGGUGUAAAUUGUAAUGAACAAGCAGCAGGUUUGGGUAGGUUAUUUUCUGAAUGUAAUCCGUUAGUUACUAGUUAAUUACCUGUCCAAUUGUAAUCUGUAAUGUGAUCUGAUUAGUUUUGGAUUCAUUUCUUAAGAGGCAUUUAAAAUGGGGAUCCAUCAAAUGCAUUUCGUGUGUCAUGGUAGUGUUCACAAGUCAAGGACCAGACUCGCUCAGGUGGAACAAACUUAAACUUGUGCAUUUUUUUCAAUGCUAAAUUGAAUGUCAUUAGUUAGGUUUCCAUCCAAUUGGCAACAGAUUAAUGCCAAUAUUAAAAAAGCUGCAUAAAUAACAUUUCUGCAUUCUCUCAGCAGAAAUGUUUCCAUCAAAUGGACUUUUUGUGGAUAAAAGCCUGUGUGUGAUGACGUAGUGCACAUAAAUUACUCUUGCAGUUAAAUUCCCAUGUACCGAAUAGAAAAUACAAGUUAAUGUUUUUCCGUUGAAUUUUCAACUCGUCUGAUAGUUUUGUCAGAAACAAUAUUGAGUUCUAUAGCGAAUGUGCGCUCUAGACAAGAGCUUGCAAUAGAGUUCAGGUGUAGCCUAUAUGAUGAGACUAUUAUGGACAAAAGAGCGAGAUUAUUUUAAUUUGUGAAACGGCAAUCAAACAUCGGUCGUCAUGUCACCAGAAUAACACCCUCGAUAUUUAUUGAAAGGAGCAACAGGCUUAUCACCUUGUACUUUCACCACCCUGUGAAGUUCAUCACACAUUUAAAAAAAAGUAAUAAUCUAGUAAACUGCAUGUAACCUAGUAAACUGCAUGUUUUCCUGAGUCGUAAUGGGAGGACCACACACAAUAUCAUUGCGUGACUCCAAGUUUACUUAGAUAUAAUGCUUAAUUAAUCAAUAGUUGCACAUAAAAGCGCCAUUUCUCACACAAUGAAUUUUGCAGACCCAAAAAGACCCCCUCCUUGUCUAGCGUAUUUAGCUUUGUUGACAUUUUGGAAGUUUAUUGACAAAUUUGCUGUUUACAUGAGCCUGUCGUGACUUUUUUUUGGUACUUUACUGGAAACCUGCUUAGUGAGAAUAGAAAGGUGUCAACGUCCUUUCAGAAUUUAGAAGUAAUCCAAGAAGUAAUCUAGUUUUUCAAAAGGAUCUGUAAUCCGGUUACAAUAUGUUUGCUGGUAACGUAACGGAUUGGUUAAAUUGUUUUUAAAUUAAGAUUGCAUUUAACCGACUACAUGUAAUCUGUUACUCCCCAACCCUGACAAACAGUGAAGAAUUUUGUAUUUACCAGAAUGUGUUCUCUCUCCUGCAUUUCUCCUUUGUACAGUCAGUGAAGAAGUGUGGUCAUAUCUCAACUUAGUUUCAAAUCAGUUUGAUAAUUGGUCUAGAUUUAAAAAUGUGCAUUUUACAUAACCUGCUGUACUUCCUUCUAUUGCUUUUGAGUGACACUUCAAAUGUGCAGUUAUGUAGCUACUGAAAGAUAUGUAAUGCAUUAUUUGGAGGGCCUGCAGCAUUAGAUGCAUUGACCCUUUUCACACUAUCAUGCUAACCAGAACUGUACUGUACUGGCUCAGACGUUUUCUUUUCAUGUUGUUUUUCUCCCAGUACGAUUCCCGAAACAACCAGCCCAGUACAACUUGGAUCUGGUUAUUGAUUAGUUUUAUUAUUAAAACAUGUUUUACCCCCAGAUGAUUAUAAACAGAAAAAUGUUAUUGACUGUUGAUAAACUGCCAUUUUAGGAAUUUAGCAUGGACACUGUUUGGCACAGCCAAACGGUGAUCAUGCCAAUGAAUCCCCCUGCCCCCCUGUUAGUUGUGCUUUUGAUUUGUUUGUUACCUAGUGCCACAUCCUUUAAUCAUUUUUGAAUAAAUUGGCAGUUGCAAGUGUCUUCA